UCGCAACAUACACACAACAAUAAUUUGAUUGGGGUCGCUGUGCGUGCGGUAGGCGGAACCCGGGCUCUCUUCACAUCCCACUUUUGAGAAGAUUACGAUUACAAUUUAGCGGAAAAAAACACAUGACAUGAACGCAGUUUGGAGGGAAGGCGGACGGACGUAGCGGACCAGAGGCUGGAAGACACUGCAAGCGGAGGCAAGAUCUGUGUGGUGAUAUUUGGAGUUGGAUGAAGACUCGGGUACUUCUCUGAUCACAGGAAGAAAAUACAACCUCCACUAGAACCACAGCCUUGAAUAUUUACACAUUUCAACGGACUCAUUACAUACACACCGAGGCCCCAGAGCAGAUAUGAGUGAGGAUAAACCAUCCGAUGCUGUGGAAACUGCUGAGGGGAACGCUAUCCCGAAUGGGAAAGGCCAUGAGCCUGGGGAGGAGAUCACAGCAUUGGCCAUAACACCACCUGCAGAGGCUGGUGAAAAGGAAACUGUACCCAAUAGUGCCCAGAAUGAGAGUCCCCACAGAACUGAGAAUGCAGAGGCCAACCUCCCAGAGAGCCAGGAGUUCUUAUCAGGCAUGGAGGAAAAGAAGACCACUCACUUUACAGAUUUUGAGGGGAAAACCUCAUUUGGGAUGUCGGUCUUCAACUUGGGCAAUGCGAUCAUGGGAAGUGGAAUCCUAGGACUUGCAUACGCCAUGGCCAACACAGGGGUCGUCCUGUUUUUGGUACUUCUAACAGUGGUGGCAGUCCUCUCGUCAUAUUCCAUCCAUUUACUGCUAAAGUCUUCUGGUAUUGUAGGUAUUCGUGCGUAUGAGCAGCUCGGCUACAGGGCCUUUGGGACCCCGGGGAAGAUGGCGGCAGGUAUUGCUAUCACGCUGCAGAACAUUGGAGCCAUGUCCAGUUACCUGUACAUAGUCAAGUAUGAGUUGCCUUUGGUCAUCCAGGCCUUUCUGAGGGUGGAUAAACCUGCAGGGGAAUGGUACCUGAACGGGAACUACCUUGUGAUCAUUGUAUCUAUUUCAGUAAUAUUACCACUUGCUCUCAUGAAACAGCUAGGUUACCUGGGAUACACUAGUGGUUUCUCCCUGAGCUGCAUGGUUUUCUUCCUGAUUUCGGUCAUCUACAAGAAGUUCAAUACGCCAUGUCCAUUUACUGACUUUGCAUUCAAUAGCACUACCAGUGGGCUGAAUGUCAGUGCCAUGGAUCCUGGUGGGGAGCCUGAUCCUGCCUGUAUUCCAAAAAUGGCCAACCUCAACUCACAAACGGCCUACACCAUCCCCAUCCUGGCGUUCGCCUUUGUGUGCCACCCCGAGGUCCUGCCCAUCUACACAGAGCUGCGCAAUCCCAACAAGAAAAAGAUGCAGCAUGUGGCCAACAUCUCUAUUGCAGUCAUGUACUGCAUGUACUUCCUGGCUGCCCUUUUUGGAUACCUAACUUUCUAUGGGGAAGUGGAAGCAGAGCUGCUUCACACCUACAGCCGCAUUGAUCCAUAUGACACUUUGAUUUUGUGCGUGCGUGUGGCUGUGCUCACUGCUGUCACACUCACUGUACCCAUUGUGCUCUUUCCUGUACGGAGAGCGAUCCAGCAGAUGAUGUUUCCCAACAAGACUUUCAACUGGCCCCGUCAUAUCGCCAUCGCUGCCGUUCUGCUCACUUUUAUCAACCUGCUGGUCAUCUUUGCCCCCAACAUCCUGGGCAUCUUUGGGAUCAUUGGUGCCACCUCUGCCCCUUGUCUCAUCUUCAUAUUCCCUGCUGUUUUCUACAUUCGUAUUGUACCCAAAGAAGACGAGCCAAUGCGCUCGUUCCCCAAAAUCCUGGCCGCCUGUUUUGCUGGAAUAGGCUUCCUAUUUAUGAUAAUGAGCCUUAGCUUUAUCAUCAUUGAUUGGACAUCGGGCAACAGCAAAGCCAGCAGUGGUCACUAGGCACCACAUUCCUUUUUUUUCACAUUUUAUAUUGUUGAUUUAGAUCUGUGUUGUAAUGUUACAGUUUUGACUUUGAAUGAUGUUUGAUGUUGAAGAUGUCCUAUCUUUUCCAUUAGAGAAUAUUGGCAACAGAGAAGGAGUCUAGAGUUCAGAAUGGCUCUCAGUUUCUCCGCAAAAGCUCUCACUCUAAUGACAUUACACUGUACUGAACAUCCGGCCAAACUUCCCUUGAAAGUUGAUAGUUGAAUUUACAGAAUAGGCCAGGUGCAUAAAGAUUAAUGUUGACAUUUGGAGGAUGUGCCUUGUGAGAUGGAUGUAAAAAAAAAAAAAAAAAAAAAAA